CACCCACCCACCAGCCCUAAUCAUCCUAAUAUUCCUCUUCUCUAUUAUUACUCUCUUAUACUCAUUAAUUAUUCAUUAAUCAUCAUCUCUAGGCUCAUGAUCAGUAACUAAUCUUAUAUUAUAUUGAUUCAUAUCAUCUCUUAGUAUAAAAGUAUGGUACCAUUGGUCUGAUCAUUAGUUUGGUUCAGAUCAUAUGGACACCUCCAAUUCUCAAGAUGGGUACUACUCAGACAUGGAUGAGAGCUUCUCCUUCACCUGCUGUGAUUUCAGUGAUGAUGAAGGCGACGACAAAGACGAUGACGAAUCCUAUAUUGAAAUCGCGCUCGAGCCCUUGCCUACUCAGGACGACGAUGAUUUGAAGCUUCGUGUCUCGUUUUCCUCCUCUAGGGUUCCCUUGAAAGAAUUAUUCGUGGAUCAAGUACCAACCCACCAAGUACUCCUAUCUUCUGAUGCUUCAUCAUCAUCAUCAUUGUCAUCAUCCUCAUCGUCUAAAUCUCGAGGGUCUGAGCUGAUUACUUCAGGCCUUUCGGGUACUAAUUCCAAAAGUAAUAAUAGGACGAGGAGGGUGCAAUUUUCGGCCAUCAAUCGAGUACUCAACGCCUUUGUGUCGAGUAGUAGGGUACCAUCAUCAGAGGAAACCGACCGGAUUGAUGAAAACCGGCGACUGGCCAGCUCGGAGAGCAGGAAAGCAUCUAAGGUCACAACCGCCAUAAACGGCAGCAUCACAAAGAUCUUGAUCAAGUUUCGCUCCAUCAAAAUCAGACCAAUGCUCACAUCAUUUGUGAAACCCCGUCAAGUCAAAGGCAAUAAGGUAAAAUCACAAGAGAUGAGUAGUACUAUCUGGAGUCAUCGGAAGCUGAUCAAGCCAUUGGAUAACCGGACAGUAGGAGAGGGCCGGGGAGAUUGCAGAAGAAAAAAAACCAAAACCUCGGCGGCGAUGGAUAUAAACAUGGAGGCCAUUAGAGGGGUGUUGGAAGCAAUUAGUAGUAUGAGCAUUGGUGGGAGGAGCAAGCAGACGAAGACGAAGACGAAGAGCUGCCCGGGUUCGAUCAAGUGCUCGCCAAUUAAUGAGAGAGGAGUCGCAGAUCGGGAGAGUAGAGGUUACACCAGGGAGAACUCGGUCCAGGCUGCCAUUGCCCACUGCAAGAGAUCAUUUGGGCAAGCAGGAGUUUAGUUUUUGAAGUUAAUCAAUUCAGAAGUUGGGGUUGUUGUGUGUUCAUUUUCAAUUCAGAAGUUGAUCCAUUCAUUUUCCCGUGUUUCUUGUCCAGGAAAAACCUUUCAAGAAAAUUUCUAGGACUUAUUCAAUCCCCAAGCGCAAAUAACCUUAGGACAGAAGGCCUGUUGCCUGGCCAUUGUGGAAGAACAUUGGGUUGGGCCCCCAAGCUUGGUGCCCAGCCCAAAGAUUUGGGGUGUCCAACCCAAUUUUUAGUGGGUUGGGUUUGAAAUUUAGGGCAUUAGUGGCUAGGUAGGUGGAAAAGGCCUAUCUAGCCUUUAUAAUCUAAUAUCAUUACUUUGUAGCAUGAUCUUAUCAGUGCUUUGUCCAAAAGUGAGGCCAAUCACAACGUGUCAUGCACAUAAUUUGAUAUAAUUGCUUUGUAGAGAACUUGUAUUCCAUUACUUCUACCUUAGUCCUAGCGGUGUUUUGCCAAAAAGCAAGACCAAUCACGGCGUGUCAUGUAACCAAUUUGAUGUCAUUGUUUUGUACCCAACUUGUAUUCCAUUGCUUUGUACUUUGUUUAUUUAUACCUCGUCUCACUUGCUUAUAUUUUGGAUCAUAUAUUUGUAUCUUUAUCUAAUGAAUUAAAUUUCACCGUACGCUUUCAAUA